CAUAAAGCUUUAUCGGUGGUUGUUUCAAGUGAGCGCUGAGGGGGAGAGGAGAACGAGCUAGGUGUCUCGUGCGGAUUUUCACUGACACAAAGCGCACGGAGGACUUUGCAAUUAAACUGUGUUGAUUAGUACGUAUAUUGUUGUCAGAUUUACUCAGAAAAGAAAGAGAGAGAAAAAAGAAGUGCCUGGAGAGAGCGGGGGGGGGGGGGGGGGGGGGGAGGAAUAACCAAAACGCAACACGUAUCCGGUGGGAUCUCACUCCUGAGAGAAGCGGCAGGAGUUGGAGCGAAGGGUGCAAGGAAAGCGAAAGGGAAAAAAAAGAAGAAAAAGAAGGAGAAGAGGGGAAAGAUUUGACAUUUCACCCGUAAUAACGCGUUUGAAUAAAUUAAGAGGAAUAAUGAGAAACGUUUGGAUAAUUUUGACCCUCGGGCUGACCGUCUUCCUCUCCGGGGAAAGGAUAGCAGACGCAGCCAAGACUUCCUCUCAGGCUGAUGACUUGUACCUAGAUGACACAGGCUCAGGAGGUUACUACCCUGAAGAUGAUGAUGACUUUAACUCAGGGUCUGGCUCAGGUGGACGGGAAGAUGUGGUGGAGGAAACAGUGACUGUCACUAUGGUUUAUAUGGAGCCCAAUGCAGCAGAACCCACCCAGGACUCCACCAAAGAUUUCACCCCCAGGGUGGAGACAGCCACGGUCAGGGAAAGGGCCAGGGACUUCGCACCCAGGAAACCGUUCAGAACAGAGGCACCAGUGCCAGUUACAGAGGACAUGCAGAGGAACCUGCUUACUAGUACGACUAGUGCUCCCGGCUCACCCCAGGAGGCCAUUGAGGUCCGCACUGAAAACCUCUUCCAGAGGGCAGAGGUUUUGGCAGCUGUUAUUGCAGGCGGCGUGAUCGGCUUCCUGUUUGCCAUCUUCCUCAUCCUCCUCCUGGUCUACCGCAUGAGGAAGAAGGAUGAGGGCAGCUACGAUCUGGGAGAGAGGAAACCCUCCGGCGCAGCCUAUCAGAAGGCCCCAACCAAGGAGUUUUAUGCAUAAAAAAAAAAAACUCCCGUCAACAGAUCAGCAAAAUCACAAGUGUCUGUCGAAAACACAGUCCACGACAACAGCAAGCCUGUUCAAACACGAACAACAACAAAAUGUUUUCGAGUUGAUUAAGGAAAAUAGCAUAAAGGAAAGCUUUUGCAUAGAGUAUUGUUAUUAAGACCUUUUCUUUCUUCUUUUAAAAAAAAAUUAAAAAUUAAAGAAAACCAAGCAUUUCCUAUUCUAUGGCAAAAUCUCAGUGUAUUUAAACAUUUUGUGUAUUAUUUGAAAAGGCUGAAAAAUAUUAAACAGGAUCUGUAAAGGCAAGGAAACUAAUCACAUCUGUCUUCUGUCAAAGGAGCGGGUUCUAGUUACUGACUACUCUUAACUGUAGCAGUAUAUUAUUUGUAAAGAAAACAAAUUCACAAGUGGAAAUAAUUGAAUAUAAUUAUUCUGUAUCAAUCCUACUUUCUUUUUUCUUUUUAUUUUGUCCUAGCAUGUCUGUCGUUGAUCUCUCAAGGUGUAUUACAUUAAUUUAAUUUUUUCUCUGAUGUUAAAAAAAAUUGCCUUUGUAGUUUUGAUGAAGCUCUUCGGUCUUCAUAAUUAACGCUGUUAACGGUCAAUGUAAAUGUUCUCCCUUCAGGUUACAAUGUUUAAUAUUUGUUCUCACAUCUGUUUUUAAGUCAAUUGUGAGCGUUCGAUUAUGUCUUUGUUUAUUUGUUUGUUCUCUUCUCUGUAGCCUUGUUUCCAAGAGCAUUUUAUUUACAGUACAUACAAGGAACAGGUUUUAAAAGAUAAAAAAAAAUAAGCGCGUCAGGGCUCGGGGGGGAAGACUUAUCGCAAAUCUUGCUUCUGUAAUGUCUCGCUGAACUUCUUUUCCUUUUAAAUGCAUUCUCUUUCACAUCGCACAUUCACUGCUUUUGCUUCCCUCUGCUGUGGUGCAGCUUUCAGUGUUUGUGGAGUUUUUUGGGGGUGAAGUUUCUGCGCCGUGGCUUGUUGUGUUUUUGGCCCAUGGCCACCUCCCUCCCCGAUGUGUCCCUUGAGUUCAGUGACUGCACACAAACUCUGCUAGUACCCUUUAACCCUAACAUCUCCUCCCCCUUUCUAUGUUUACCCUAACCUCCCUCAUUGCCGCUUUCUUUUUAAUCAGAUUGGAGCAUGGCCAGUUCUGUGUGCCCCCCCCCCCACUGCCCUCAAAUCACUCCCCUUCUCAGCUACAUGGAGCCACCCGUGUAGCCUGGUGUUAUUGUCCCUGUCCCAGUGUUGAUUCUUUAGGCCCAAAGGUCUGCUCACUACAGGCCUGCUACUGCUUGGACACAAACACACCAGGCCUGGGCUCAAUCCCCACAUGCAGAGCACAUACCUCUGCAGCAAACAACACCCAAACACAUCCCCCCCCAGUUUGUAUUCAGAGGGAUUGAUAAAUACGGCACAGAAAAUGCAGGACUCCAGUGUUAUGUCUGAAUAGUCUUUGACAAGACACUCACGUUCAAGGCUACUCAUGUUUCUUUCUUUAGUGGUCAGUGCACAGGUUUCAAAAGAGCUUCUGUUGAGUAUUUGAGAUUGUUUAUUAGGUUUAAAACCUGGGUUUAACCCAAUAAAAGGCCACAAAAUGGCAGCAGCAAAAUAGCCGUGUAGCUACGGUUGUAUGACAACAACAAGUUACUGUCUAUUUUUUAGUCACGUCUACAUGAACUUGCGUUGAAGAAACGCGCAUGUUUUGUCCGUCAGGUUUGUGAAGUUGCCUUUUUCAGCUGUACAGUAAUGUGAAGUAGACACAGUAGAUGCCAUCACAUCAUCUAAACUCCCAACACCACCCACACAAAGCUGUUCAUCUCUCUACAUCUCCAUCUCUCGUGUUCUUCUCUUUCUAUCCAUCUGUGCGCCUGUUGUUGUCCACUACCAUCCUCUUCUCCCCAUCUCUAUUGACCGCUUUUUUCAUAGCACCUAAGGUACUGAACUAUACUGAAAAACCCAAAGACUCACAGUAUUUCUGCUCUCGCCAUCCUCCCGGACCCGAACCCCUCCACCAUGGUCACAUCAUGUUGGUUCCUCAUUCUCUUUUAGUUUUUAGUUAUUUUUCUCUCUCUCUCUCUCUCUGUAUUAGAGACCUGACCGUUGAGUCCAAUUGCUUAUUAGUAUAUGAAAAGAUAUAUAAAUAUAUAUAAAUGUAUAUUCACAAAUGUUUUAAACCUUCAAAGUGCCUACCAUUUGGAAAUGUACUUGCUCAAGGUGAGCAUGUGGCGGGUGUGUACACAAAGGAGGGGUGUAAACGACUUGACUGGCAUUCUGUGAGCAUGGAUGACUGUAAUGGUAACUUUUUUUUAGUCUUACAAAAGCUGACAGUAUUGUACCUAUAAGUUGAAACAACACUACUGAAUAAACAUUGUGGCCUAAU